CCCGGCUCUCCGGGCGCCGGAUAUCCCCAAGCGAGUAUGUUGCUGCCGGGGUCGACGGGUGGGCCGCCGAAAGCGGAGAUGCGGAAGGAGGCGCCGGAGGGGUUCGGGAAAGUGGCGCCGUUACUGAAGAAAAAACCUCCACCGCCGUCAGGACCGCCGCCGACGGCGCCUGCCGUCGUGGCGGGGCCGCCGCCGGCCAGGAGAGAGAGGCCGGUGAAGGAAGAGCCACGGCUUUCGCCGCGGCGGACGGCGGCAGAGGAGGCGGAAGAGGCGCCCGUUGAGGAGCUCACUAGCGAGAGCGAGCCGAGCGAACCGGAGAGCGACG